GCACACCGCCAAGCCGGUCGAAUUAAUUCCACGGAACCACGAGCCUGAGAAGAUCGGGGUUGACUGCGGGGUGCUGCGUAAACCGGAGUCCAAGCACUUUUCGCUGUUGGACGCUCCUUUCUGUUUGGAUUGGAGAAGGACGGCGGUUUGCUGCGGUGGAUGCGCACUGCACGGACGCCGGCAUGCUCCAGAGGUUCACUGGGUGUAUGGCGAGGCGUUUCGGGGAGUGGGGAGCUUCUGCGGUAAAGUUUUUUUGUGGGAGAUGAUUGAGGUGCGGUGUGCGGAUGGUGCGCCAAUAAACACACAUGGCUGA